AUGCUCUUUCAAACAAAAGAAAAAGUCAGAGAUGAUGAUAAUAAUUCUGAUGCACUAUCACAACAUGAAACAAUUAAUCCAAUAAAUAAUUCAAAUAUAAAUGAUCAACAAAUAACACGUGAAAAUCCAGCUGGUUUAAGUGAUAAUGAAAAUGAAAUGGAAUUAGAAUUACUUGCUGAAUCAGACACAGAUAAUAAAAGUAAUUGUAGUGCACCAAAUACAAAUACACAUCGAACAUCAGCUACAACUGGUAGUGACAAUAUGGCGUUAUUUUCUGAUGAUGAAAAUUUUGAAUCAGAUGAUGCUGAUAGUGUUCGAAGUGAUAGUGUUUUAGGUGAAGGUGAUGGAACAAGUCAACUUGAACCAAUGAUUUUUGAUCAUCCUAGAGAUACAUUAGCUGCUGCUACUGCAUCAUCAACAUCAAUAACAACAACUAAUCCAACUCCAACUUCAAAUACAGUAACUAAUGAUCGACUAGUUUUAUUACCAUCAGCAAGUAAUACAACUAAAUCAAAUACUCAACCAGCUGAUUUAACAACAGCAACUACUCAUUUGAAUGUACCGAGAUUAAAUGCUCAAACAACUAUGGCAAGUUCAUUAUUUGGUGAUAGUCAUUCUCGACGUCAAAUAACAGCUAUUGCAGCAACAUCAAUAAGUUUAAAUCAUUCAAUAACUGUUCAACAACAACAACAAACACAACCAACAAAUAUAAUGUCAGCUAAUAUAACAAAUGCUUUGUUAGCACGAGCUUUUGGAAUUAUAAUUCGAUAA